AUGAAGCUCUCCCUCGCCCUCUGCGCUCUCCUCCCCCUCCUCGCCUCCGCCCACACCAUCGCCCAGCGCGUCCGCGUCAAUGGCGCCGACAACGGCGAAGCAGUCGGCAUCCGGACCGCGCUCUCAAACUACCCGAUCCAGAACGUAAACGACGCAAACAUGGCCUGCAACUCCAACUUCCUGCAGCCCGUGUCCAGCACCGUCAUUGCUGUCAAGGGCGGCGACGCCGUGGGCGUGCUGUGGGGUCAUGUCAUUGGCGGUGCGCAGUACCCGGGCGAUCUGGACCAGCCCAUUGCGAGCAGCCACAAGGGGCCUGUCAUGUUCUACAUGGCCAAGGUGGACAACGCGGCCACGGCGUCGACGUCGGGGCUCAAGUGGUUCAAGGUCUACGAGGAUGGGCUCGAUGGUGCGGGUCAGUGGGGUGUAGACCGCGUCAUCAGCAGCGACGGGUGGGUUGAUUUCACGCUCCCGGCGUGCCUUGCGGCUGGGGAUUAUCUCCUGCGCGCUGAGAUCAUCGCGUUGCACUCUGCGGGCACCCAGGGCCAGGCGCAGUUCUACAUGGGCUGUGCUCAACUCAAAGUCUCUGGCACCGGCUCCACGAGCCCGAGUUCCACUGUUAGCUUCCCGGGCGCGUACCAGGCGACUGACCCUGGUAUCCUGGUGAGCAUUUACAACGCCCAGGGUCAGCCCGUGGGGAAUGGAAAGCCGUACACGAUCCCGGGUCCUGCGGUGUUGACAUGUUGA